AAAAUAAAAAUAUAUAUAUUCUUCCGCUUGAAUGAGCUUUUUUUAACGGAAAAAUAUAACCAUGAUUUGCCCACAGCUUGUUUCUAAUCACAGAACUCCAAAAAUUAUUUGGUAUCAAACAGAUCUUACAGUCGUCAUUCGUAUUCCAUUAAUUGAUGUAUCUGAUUAUUACCUUCGAGUUGAGGAUACUUACUUGCUCUUUAGUACAAAAACAAAUGAUAAAAAAUACUAUCUCAUCCUGUAUUUAUUUGGACCAGUAAUAUCAGAACAGACAAUACACAAAAAUGUUGGAAGGGAAAUUAAAAUUUAUCUUACGAAAACACUCAAAUGGUUUCCAUGGUUAAGAUUGAUUAUUUCUAGAGAAAAGAAUUUAUUUAUAUCAUAUGAUGCAGAUCAUAUACAUGAUGUAGAGAAUGUUAGCAAGAAAAACGAUUUUAAAGUUGGAGGAAAAAUCGAAGAGUAUAAACGCCAAAAUCACAUAAAACAUAUAUGGCCUGUCGUGCCGUCUAGCGAUGAAGAAGAGUCUGAUAAUGAGGUUGAUAUCUUUCAAUUUGGUUAAUAAGCAUUUUCGAUUUUUUUGGCAUUUACACCAAAAAGGAAAAAAAGAUUAUUUUGUCCAAGAGUUGCUCUCUUUCUUUCAUCAGUUGCUCUCUUUCUUUUCACUCUUUCUUUUCACUCUCUCCUUCUC